ACGUAAUUUCUACACUCACUUUUAUCGGUUGCCGCCUACUACACUAGUACUACCAAGACCAAGAUAUAUAAUAUAACACUAACAAAAUAGCAUUAUGCCAUUGAAAUUAAGAUUCGAGCAACUUUCAAAUACUACCAGGUGAUAGUUUGAUCGCUUGAAUAUCAUUUUUAAUUAUUAAUAAUUUAUGAAACCAAAAAUUAAGCGCUGAACACACGGUACAUGCAACGGCAACUGAAACAGUUUUUCAAUCUUUUGAUUUUGAUUAAAAUUAAAUGUUCAAGUUUAGUUUAAGUUCUUUGUAAUUUGUACAACAAAUUAUGUGUCAACCGAAUUAUGUGUCUAAAUUAGCCUUAAUUACUUAAUGAUUAUUAUUAUUUGUUAAAUUUACAUCACUGGUCAUCACAGUAUAAGUAGGCCGAAAAACUAAAAGCAACAGGUAGGCUCACUAAUGAUGCUAAGCCGCGGCUAAGGGGCCAUCAAUAAAUAAAUAAAUUCAACUAAUUCUGUACCAUUUUUGUCACCCACUCCCAAACCCCUGUCUCUGCAUCAUCAUAAUUACAUUUUUUUUUUCACAUGGACAUCACAGUAUUCACAGUAUCAUUAUGAUUAUGGUUCAUUAAAUUAUCUAUUACUAUUCAUCACAAAUUUGUGUUCCCCCCCUCCCACCCAUCAUGCUUGACGUCAUUUAUGGAUGGCCCUUACCUUAUAUUUAUAUGCCUACAUGACUUAACUGCACAUGAAUGACUAUGAUUAUGAUAAUAUAUUUAUUAGAACAAUGUAGGCUAUAGGGCCUGCACCUGCCAUUUGGCGUUGUUGAUUGUAUAGUUCAAUGAUGAAUGACACCUAUAGCAAGUCAGUAAAAGAUGUUCUCAAGAAAGUUUUUGUUGAAAAUGUUUUAAUGCUUUGUCGCUUAGUUUUUUUUUAGCUAAAGCUGACAAUUUGUACAAUUGUCAUUUGCAUGGUUUAUUUAAUUUAACAGCUUUAGGCUUUAGGGUUCAGGUUAGGUUUUUAGGGAUAGGUUUAGGGUUCAGGUUAGGUUUAGGAAUAAGUUUAGGGCAGGGAUCUCACUUUCUCAAACUCAAAUCAUCCUGGGUCCGCAGGAGGCCACAUCAAGUAUUCUACACAAAAAAUCGAUUACAAAGUUAAUUAAGUACAACUUUUACAAUCUGCUGAACCUUUAUUAAUAGCUAAUAAAAACAUUAGGGGUUCUCAAGAACUACGCUUCACUUCUUCCUCCUACUUAUUUUUGCCAUAGAUCUGGCAGUGCUUCUUCUUAAACAGCUGAGCAACAUUUGGCUUGAGGGAGGAAGCAACUGAGACCCUAAGUAUAGCUUGAAGAUGCUUAUCAGUGAGUUUGGCUCUGAGCUUUGACUUGUUUAAGUUCAUAGUGGAAAAGAGCUUUUCACACAGAUAGGUAGGCCUACUCCCAAAAAAGGCCCAUGAUCCGCUUGAACAACCUGGAAGUCUCAGGGAAGGUAGAGGGAAAUGCUCUCAUAAAUUAUCCAUACUUGUCUGUUUUUCCAUUCACAUCCCUGAACUUAGAAUUGCACUGAAGAUCAAUUAGCUCCAUUUAAAGCGCAAAGGGGUUGGUUGGGGGGGGGGGUUGCAUCUUCAAAAUUGAAGGAGAAAUGGUCAGCAAAAAAGUUGGGAAGUCGCUCUGACUGUUUUUAAGUCUAAAAACAUGUGAUCAAAUUCUUCUUGUAGCUUUGCAAUGGCAUACGUUUACUUACUACUGAAGGGUGUGCCAGAGACCAUGAGUAAUUUGCAUGUUGGGAAAUGGCAGAGGUUUCUCUAAGAAUCAUUUUACAAGUUUUGUGCAGAAUAUUCUGACAUUGUCAAUGACAACACUGACAAGCUACCCCUAGGCUUGUAACUUCUUGUUGAGUACAUUCAGCUCCUGUGUAAUGUCAACAAGAAAAACCAAGUCCAUGAGCCAUUUAAGAUCACUUAGUACAGGAACAAUCACCCCAUCGUUCUCCAUGAAGGCUUUGAAGGCUAAAACAUCUUCAAACAGUCGGCAGGGGCAGGCAAUAUUUAUGAAUUAUUGAUGUGAUGGAAGAUGCUAUUGUAGGGAGAAUGAAUUUUGAUUUUUUAUGGAAGAAAAGGCCUUUUUUACUAACCCUAUUUUAAAAGUGACCAAGCUGACAGGCUCAGAAUUUCCCUCACUCGUAAACACUAGCUGCAAUUUUAAUAGCGAUUCUUUGAUACUGUCUCAGGUUACUAUGAUUAACACAAUUUUGGUUGUGCAUUACCCACUAACUGACUUUUUAAACUUUUCUCAAAACCGCACUUUGGCCAUGUCUGUUUCAUAAAAUGGUAUAAAAUAAAUACUAUUAGUCUAAUUUUUUUAAACGGUUCUUACCAUUAUAAUCAAAAUCCAAAUCUAUACAAACAUAAUAAAAAUCAGAAUUAGACUAGUCGGUGAGAGUCGACUGAAGCAGUAGUGGAAUGUCACAUUAUAGAUAUGAGAAUGGGGAAAAGGCAAGGGCCGCAUUAAAAUUAAACUUUGCUGUCAUGUAGCAGGCUGCAAAAUAUCGUCCUGGGGGCCGCAAAUUGCCCAGGGGCCGCAAGUUUGAGACCCCUGGUUUAGAGUGACCAUUCAGGGGUCAUGGCUACCAAGAUGGCGGCCAUGGCACGGAUUUUAUGAAUUUACCGUUCUCAUAAUAGUUAAAAGUAAAUAUCAUUGGUAUCUUAUUAAAGCAUUACACACUUACUAGUGUAGCAAUACGUUAAUUACAUAAGUAGAGAUAAUAUCUUAGCUGCUUUCAGAAUCAUUUUAAGACCAAUUUAUGUUGCUUUAUAUAUAUUUUAACAUUUUUUCUUCAUACAGAAAAAAAUACUUCAGUCCAGCUUAAGCCCACUUCAUAAUUGCUGUCAAGAUACUCAAGCACUUAUAAUUGUACUUGCUGUUAAGCAAGCAUGCAUAGAAUUAAUUUGCUCUAUAAGUUAGUCUAGGCUUUUAUCAGCUGAGCUAUCAUUGAGUAUAAUAAAGUUAAGAUAACAAGACUGUACCAAGGUCUAGAAAUAUAUUUUGUUGAAGGAGUGACAAAUAUUUUCCAAUUUCAUUUGGAUUCAUAUGUGUAUAAAUACUAGCAAUACUGUCCUGUGUCAUGUUAUUAAAAUACACCACUACACAGCCAUACUUUUAAAGGAAAAGCAUAUAAUUAUUUUGUUAGUCUUGUAAUUACUCUAUGAGAAAGUUUGUGAUCCAGAGACCAUAUAUAAGACUACUAAUGGAUUCCUUGAAGCAAACAGUUUGUGAUAUAAUUAAACAGGAAUCUACUGAACUUAAUGAAAUCAGCAAAACAAUAUGGAAUCUAAAAGAGCUUUCUUUUGAAGAGCGCUUGUCUCAUGACUGCUUAACCAAGUUCUUGGAGGAGAAGGGAUUCCACGUUAAACGUCACUACAAACUGGAGACUGCAUUUAUUGCUUGGUGGGGAAAUUAUGAGGCUGCUGAUUCUCAAGGUAAACAUAAGAAUUUCAAAAUGAUGUGCACUAUAUUUUUAGUAAAGCAAUUUAAUGUUUAAACUUUAAAAUUUUGCUUUGAUAUAAUGGUAAUACAUCUGUUAAAAACAUUCCUAACUGAAUUAAUUGAAUCAAAUUGUAUCGCUGCAGAAUAUUUUAUUUAUAAUAAGUUUUUUUGAUGCAAAAAGCGUAAUCUGUGAGAAUUUUAUUAAAUAUAUUGAAAUAGAACAUAGCUUUGGAAUUAUACAGAAUACAGCUAUAUUACUGCAGGUGGAAUUUCUUAACAGUAUUAACAGUUUGAAUAUGUUGUUGAAAGUAUUUAUUCAAAGUCAAUAAUAAUUAAUUAUAUAAUAUGACAUAAGACUUUAGAAUUUGAUUGACUUCUGCAAUAGUAUUAGUAAGCAUAUUAUAUUAUACAGUGGAUACAUAAAACAACAACAAAUUUUAAGGCCCUCUCAUCAACAUAAAUUUCAACAUCAAUCAUUAAUUAUUUUUUUAAAAUUUAAACAAAAUUGUUAUAUCUGAUGUGAGCUGUUGCUUAUGCUAUUUUAUUGUUAUUAGUUAAAAUUUAGUAGAAACUAAAACUUUUUACUUUUGCCUGGAACACAAUAGUAUUUAAUAGCCAUUAAAAACUAAGACACUUUACAAGUAAUUUUAUUGUAUAAGAUAUUGUAAAUUAUUUUUAUUACUACAGGACGAAAGCCUCAUGUGGCAAUCAUGUGUGAGUAUGAUGCUCUGCCAGAUAUUGGUCAUGCUUGUGGCCAUAACCUAAUUGCUGAAAUUGCAUUGGCAACUGGACUUGCUGUUAAGGGUGCUUUGCAACAAGCUGGAAAAGAAUUGGGGAAGGUAAAAGAUUUGACAGAUUUAUUUAGGACAUGUUUUUUCUGAAACUAAAGCCUGGGUCAGACGUUUUAGAAAACAUGUCAGUAAUUAACUGCAUUAUUAGUUUUUUUUUUUUUUUAAAGUUUUAUUACAAUGGUAUUUCACAAAGGUAUCAAUCAUUGGUACUCCAGCUGAGGAAGGAGGUGGAGGGAAAAUAGAGCUCUUAAAUGCUGGUGUAUUCGAUGAUGUUGAUGUGGCGAUGAUGUCACACCCUACUUCAUUUACAGAUCCAAGGCCAAUUUUUCUUGGUGGUAAAAGGUGAAUAUGUCUGCAACCAUAACAUCAAAAAUGUAUACACCUUUCUACAUAGCAAAACUUUAGCUGAAUGUUGUUAUCUUGUUAAAAGACUAGUUAUAUAAGCUGACAUUAAACAUGAUUGAUAAAUUAAAAAAACAUGAUAUUAAAAACCUGUUCAUUGAAAAAAAAAUUAAUAAAAGUAGUGACAUUUCUAUGUUCAAUAUUCAUAUUGUUAUAGCUCUUACAUUAAUUUUGUCCCCUAUUUAUUUGUUGCCUCUUUUCUCAAAUGCAGAACAUAAUUGACUUUAAAAAAACUACAUCUAUAUCAAUAAUCAUUUUAGUUCAAUUAAGGGUUUUUUUGUUUAGCUCUUUCCCUGACAAUAAUUAUUUACCACAGGCAUAAGCAAAUGAAAGUUACAGAUUUGAACAAAAAUAACAUUAGUGUUGGCCUAAUUAGUUUAAUUUCAUCAAUGCAGGUUUUACGUCAACUACCAUGGUAAGGCCUCUCAUGCGGCAGGGUUUCCCUGGGAUGGAGUCAAUGCCCUAGAUGCAGCUGUGCUUGGCUACAUGAAUGUAGCGGCUCUGAGGCAGCAGCUAAAGCCUACCUGGAGGGUUCAUGGUAAGACAGUUUUGAAAAUGUCAUUCUUUUUUAAACAUUCAGUUUAAAUAUUAUUAAAGAUAUAAAUUGUAUUAAUUAGCUUUUUUGCAAUGCAAGCCUUAAUUACAAAACAUUUUCAACUGGUGGCGUCGACCUAGGCUUAGAUGGAUGGAUGAUGUGGAAAAAGAUCAGUUAGGUCUAAGUGGAAGGAAGUGGUGAGGCAGGCCUAAGCCCUACACGGGCUGUUGCGCCGCAGGGAUGGAUGGGGGUUGGAAUUAAUUAUUAAUCAUUUCUCUCUUACUUUCAGCUAUCAUUACUAAAGGAGGGACUAAAACAAACAUCAUACCUGAUGAGACUCAAAUGAUGCUGCAGGUGAGGGCCCCUAGCGACUCAGAGGUUGAAGAAGUUUACACCAAGGUCAAGACAAGUGUUACAGCCGCAGCUACAGCCACUGGGUGUUCAGUAAGAUGAAUUAAUGGACUUAACCUUGAAUUUUCUUAUUUUACUUUAAAAUAAGUUUAACUGUGGCAAUUAAUACAUCCUUAAAAUGGUUAUACAUUAUUUGCUUGACAAAACUUGAAAGAAAAUAAACCUCAUUAUUAUAUUGAGUGUUCAAAUUAUGGGAAACAAGUGUCCUAUUUUAGGAUUAAUAUGUUCCUGCAGGUGGACAUCACAGAUAUCAUAAAGCCUUAUGAAAGUCUGAUCACCAAUGAAACACUUGCCAAACUUUAUGAAACUAAUGGUGCUCUGAUUGGGGUGGAAUUUCCUCCAGUGGCAUCAAAGCAGGUUGGUGAAACGAUUUUACACAUGAUGAGUCUGUUUAAAUAUUUUAGGAAUAUGAGGUCCAAAAACAAAAUUUAAAAUAAUUUAUCAUUCAGUUGUGUGAAUAUCUAACUGUAUUCCAAAUAACAAUGACAUUCUAACAGCCCAUAUGAUUUCUAUGAUUUGUUUAAAAUGUAUUAUAAUUAUGCAUUGUUGAAACACAAUUGAAGUUAUCUCCAUUUUAUGUAUUUUUAAAAAUAAAACAAAUAAUUAUUGUAAUGUCAAAUUUGACUUAUUUAUUAGGGUUGAAAUAAAAUUAGGAGUUGAUUUAACAAGUCAUAAAAUUCCAAAAUUAGUACAGUGUUGAUGAAACAAUUUUCUCAUUCUUUAGAUUUUCAUUAUCGUUACAUUUCAAAUUUUAAUUUUUUAUGAAUAGUUAGAUUUUUUAUUGUUGUAGAUUCUGGGCUCAACUGAUAUGGGUAAUGUAAGUCACAGAGUUCCAAGUUUGCAUCCAACAUAUAACUGUGGGACUCAAGCAGUUAAUCAUACUAAGGAAUUUGCAUUAGCAUCAGGUGAUUUUAAAAAAGAAAAAAAACGUGUUUAAAUAAAAUCAUUACAAAAAACAAAAAAAAAAAUAUAUUUUUAAAUAUUCAUUUCAAAUUUGUGUUUAAAAUCCUUUUGCUCAUAGUUUUUAAAUUUUUUAUCAGCAUAUUGGUUUUAAAAUAUUUUUGCUGUGUCUUGAAUUAAAUUCUUGAAAAAUUAACUCUUUAUUCAUUUUUCAAAUAAAGUUAGGUGAAACUAUUCAUUUUAUUUGGUAUGAAAACCAUUGAAUUCCAUUAAAUACACUAAGUUAGUAACCUUGUCCACUUGAUGAAUUUUUUCUAUUUCUUUUCUAUAUAUUUUAGCAUCACCAGAUGCACAGCCUUCAACAUUAGCCCAGGCAAAGAUCCUAGCCAUGGUGGCUUUAGAUAUAUUUUUAAACCCAGACUUGUUGUCCAAAAUAAAACAAGAUUUUGAGAAUGACUUACAUAAAGUGUAACUGCAACAUUAUUAAUAUUGUUAGUUUCAUGCAAAAUAUUUGUCUGAUUCAUGUAGGCAGGUUGUUUUUUUACAAUUGCCAAAAAAAAAGAAAAAAAAAAAAAAGUAAAAUAACA